CCAUUUAUUACGCUGUUCUCCCUCGUAGUCGUCGUCGUCUGAGCGCGUCUGGCUGUGGUUCUUUUCCAUGAGAAGCAGAUCUCACUUUAGCAGUGUGUGCGAAACUUUGUUUCGAAUUAAUAGUAGUUUAUCGCUUUUUAAUUCAGAUAACCAGUCACACCUCCCUAUAGAGCCUCUACCAAAGUUACAGGAGAAGUGAAAAUCGACAGUGUGAUUAUUGUUAUUCUACGUUGCCAAAAUUUCAUAGCCUUCCAACUGUUCCAAUUGAGGAACUAUCAAGUGAGAUGUCUGCUCCGAUUGUGCAUAUUACUCGGAAGGAAAGUUUCAGCGCUUGUCAUCGAUUGCACAGUCCAUUUCUGAGUGAGGAAGCCAAUCGUCAGGUUUACGGAAAGUGCAACAAUCCCAACGGACAUGGACACAAUUACACGGUUGAAGUCACUGUAAGAGGGCCCGUUGAUGCCAAAACCGGUAUGGUGAUGAACAUCACUGACCUGAAGCAGUACAUGGAUCAGACGAUUAUGAAGAAACUGGAUCAUCUUAAUCUGGAUAAGGACGUGCCUUAUUUUAAGAAUUUGGCCAGCACCACCGAGAACGUGGCCAUCUUCAUCUGGGACAGCCUGCGACUAGUGAUGCCCAAACCGGAACUGUUGUACGAGGUCAAAAUCUACGAAACGGACAAGAACUCGGUUGUCUACCGGGGUCACCGGGAAAACGGCUGCACCAACAGCUUCAGCAACUACAACCGGCAGGCCGAAUCCAGUGCCACCGAGAGCCAUGCCUGCUCCUCGGAUUCCGACAGUUAGGCUGUGACACGAAAGAAGAGAAGAUUCCUAACGAUGAUUUUCCGUAAUGCGAGAAGAGUACCAUUCGAGAUAUGAGGUUUUUUUGGAACGGUGCAAUAAUAUGUUGCGGAUUGAAACGACUGAAGAAGAACAUUGACAAUCUUUCUUGAACGAUAAAACAUGUUGGAAUUGUAUUUUGAUAAGGUAUUAGCGGUUGAUUGAAUUUUCGGAUCGAUAAUAAACUAAAUAAAAGGAGUAUUUUGGGGUAUUAUUUAUUGAAUUUUGAUUUUUAAAACAUUUCAUACAUAUAUGAAGCUUUUAUUUUCUUUGUAAUACUUAAAAUCUAAAGAAUUCCUGUUGCAAUCACAAACGCCUUUAAUUUUUUCUGAUUUCAGAAACAUGUGAUAAGCGCACACUUUCAGCUGUAAUGUACACGAAAAUCGGUAGGCUAAGAAAAACAAUAUUUGUGAACCAAUAUUUACACGAAACAUUUUGAUAAAUAUGAUCGAUAGAAAUACGAUUCAAAAUUUUGGGAAGCUCGAACAUUGAAGAACGUUAAAAUGUAAGCUGAACAAAUUUGAGUAAACAUACACAUCUAUUGAU